AUGCGGGGCUCGCCACAGUCUGCAAUCCCAUCCUUUGAUCCCGCCGAAACCGAACCGUACCACCUGCACGUCUACACGCACAAGCACAACACCCACAUCACGCUCACGAAGCCGGACCGUAACGCGUUGAUCAGCGUGUCCUGCGGGAACAUCGGGUUCCGGAAAGCCGGGCGCGGCACGUACGAUGCCGGGUAUCAGCUCACCGCGUGGGUGAUGAAUAAGAUCAACACGACGGGGUUGCUGCCGAAGAUCGAGGACCUCGAGCUCGUGUAUCGGGGGUGGGGGAAGGGGAGAGAGGCUUUCACGAAGGCGCUGCUAGGGCAGGAGGGCAGGCAUAUCAGGGGGAAGAUCACGAGGGUGACGGAUGCGACGCGGUUGAAGUUCGGAGGGACGAGAAGUAAGAGGCCAAGGAGACUGUAA